AUGUCUGAGCGCCAGGACACAGGGGGCUGGUGGCCCUGGGUCCAUAGGUGGACACGCUGGAGCCCAGGGAUCCGGAAGCCGACUCACACUCUUGUCAACUGCUGGUUCUGCAACCAGGACACGGUUGUGCCCUAUGGGAACCGCAACUGCUGGGACUGCCCCCACUGCGAGCAGUACAACGGCUUCCAGGAGAACGGUGACUACAACAAGCCGAUCCCUGCCCAGUACCUGGAGCACUUGAACCACGGUGUGAGCAGUGUGCCCAGCCCCCAGGACCCCUCGCAGCCCCAGCAAUGGGUGAGCAGCCAGAUCCUGCUGUGCAAACGGUGCAGCCACCACCAGACCACCAAGAUCAAGCAGCUGGCAGCCUUCGCCCCUCGUGAGGAGAGCAGGUACGAUGAGGAGAUCGAGGUGUACCGGCACCACCUGGAGCAGACAUACAAGCUGUGCCGGCCCUGCCAAGCGGCCGUGGAGCACUACAUCAAGCACCAGAACCGCCAACUUCGUGCCUUGCUGCUCAGUCAUCAGUUCCGGCGCCGGGAGGCCGACCAGUCCUGCAUGCAGAGCAUCUGCUCCUCGGCGGUGAAGGCUCCGCUGCAGGUCAUCGUGCUCCGCGCCCUCGCCUUCCUGGCCUGCGCCUUCCUGUUGACCGCCGCACUCUACAGUGCAGACAAGCCCUUUGCCCCGGGGGCCACCCUGCCCCCUGCCCUGCCUCCCGGUGGCAAUGGUUCAGCUGUGCCUGACAACAGCACUGCCCCGGGUGGUGAGGGCUGGCAGCAGCUGCUGGGCCUGCUACCGGAGCCUGCAGUGGAGAAGCUGCGGCAGGCCUGGGCCUUCGGGCAGAGCCACCAGAUGGGCAUCGUGCUGCUUGGCCUGCUGACCUGCCUCCUGGCCAUGCUGCUGGCCGGGCGCCUCAGGCUCCGGAGAAUCGACGCCUUUGCCUCCUGCCUCUGGGGACUGCUACUGGGGCUGCACCUGGCCCAGCAAUACCUGCAGAUGGCCUCGCCCAGCUGGCUGGACACACUCAAGUUCAGCACCACGUCCCUCUGCUGCUUGGUGGGCUUCACGGCAGCUGUGGCCACAAGGAAGGCGACAGGCCCACGGAGGGUCCGGCCCCGAAGGUAUUUCCCAGGAGACCCUGCUGGCCUCUUCCCCACUGUCCCCAGCCUGGCCAUCCCCUACCCAGGAGUUGGAGCCACCUCGCCAGCCCUGCUCAUCCCCGCCCCUCCCGGCUUCCUGCCCCUCGCCAGCCAGCAGCUGUUCCGCUCACCCCGACGGGCCUCACCCUCCUCCCUGCCAGGCCGCCUCCACCGGGCCCUCUCACUGGGAACCAUGCCUUCUCUGACCCGAGCAGACUCGGGGUACCUGUUUAGUGGGAGCCGUCCACCCUCUCAAGUGUCGCCCUCAGCCUUCUUUUCUCCGCUGUCUGGGAGCGGCCCCUCUUCCCCGGCGCCCUCGGUGGCAGGCUCCAUGGCCUCCAGCUCCAGCUCCUUGCGCCACCGCAGACCUCUCAUCAGCCCCGCCAGGCUCAACCUGCAGGGGCAGAAGCUGCUGCUGUUCCCAUCAACCCCCGGGGAGGCCCCCAACACGCCCAGCAGUUCGGACGAGCUCUCCCCACACCUCUUCACCUGCGAGCCGCUGGCUGUGCCCCUGAGGCCAUCCCUGCGGGAUACCAAGCACACCGCGGACAGCGCAAGGCCCGCAAGAGGCCGCCCCAUCAAGAAGGAGGACGACUCCUCCCAGUCGUCCGCCUGCGUGGUGGACACCACCACCAGGACAGGCUCCGAGGAGGCUGCUGCCUGGAGAGGUCACUUCGGCCCCUCCCUGGUCAAGGGCCUCCUGGUUGCGAGCUUGGCUGCCAAUGCUCUCUUCACCUCGGCCUACCUGUACCACAGCCUGCGCUGACCCUGUGGGGCCUGAGGGACAGGAGGCCAAAGCCUCAGAAGCCUCCCUGGCACCAGCCAGGACUUAUCCCCCAGGGGACUUUCUACCCAGCUACCUGCUGGCCGGAGUGUGUCCUUAAGCCACUCCCCUCGGCUGACACUGGGGGUGUUAGGUGCUGACAUUCUGAGCCCUGGGCCUGGGCCCUCUCUCCACCUCCAGCCCAGCAGGAAGGCUGCCUCUACAGUGCCUGCAGAGAGCUUGUGGGUCAGGUCCCGUGGGACAGCCCUCUGGGCGUCCCUCUGCCCACUGAGCUAAAGAUAGUGAGGGGAUUUGUCUCAUUCUCCCCGCCACCUCACCCAGUGAUCCCACCCUUGGGCCGGCCUCUUGAGAUGUCCUUCCCCCAAAUCAGCCCUUCCUGCCCCCAGCUCUGCCCCUCCUGGCCAGAGGCUCCUCCAAGCUCCUGGGACUCCGCCCCAUUGAGGCUGUAGGUACUCAGGCCCAGUGUAAGUACCUGCUGCCCUCUCCUGCCCUCAUUUCAUUACCUCUGAUGACCCUCCCAGGAAGCAGCCCACGAGAGCACAGAGCGCAGGUCCCCUGCCCACGUCAUUCCCUGGCUAGGCCUCAGUUGGCCUGGCCUGCCAGCCACUAGGACCCCAGGCCACCUGCCCUGGUUGCUGCCACUGGCCCUCAGGCCAAUACUGCUGGGUUGUCCCUUUUCCUACUCCUGUGCCCCAUACUGUCCCCAGAGUAGAGGAAGCCAGGGCCUCAGUCCCGCGUUGGGACCCUGGAAAUACUGUGAGGAAGGAGGAACUGCCGGGCAGGUCUUCGCAGGGCUGGAGGAAGGGCCAUCUCAUUCAGGGAUAAAGGUCGAUUUUAUUUUUGUACACGUUUAUGCAGCAGGCGCCCAGUUCUCCUGCCAGCGAGGUGGUGUUUUUAAGCUUUGGGUGCUUUUUAAUUGUUUUUAACGCGUGGGGCUAGAUUGCCCAGGCUCACCCUCCCUGUCUCCCCACACUCCUGCCCUAGCACUGCUGAGCACUGCUGAGUGUGGGAAGGGGACA